AGCAGACUUUAACGUUUAAAGUAAAUAGCUUACAUUCGCGUUGCAAAAUAUGAUGAACAACAGUGGAAUAUCUCAAUAGGGAUUAUUUAAUGCAAAUGUUGGCACGUCUGACCAAUGAAGAAUCCGUAGGAGGUGCACAGGGUUGAGUCUCACUUUCUUACGCUGAGCAAGACGAGCAGGAGUUGAUAUUGUCAAACUUCACUGUACAUUUGUAGUGUAAUAUGGACAGAUUUACUUGGAAACAUGCAUAUCCAGCUGCAUGGUACCGAAGAUGUUACUUUUAUUCCUGAAAUACUCGCUUUCUUAGUUUAUCCCAUAUGAAGAAUCGACAUGGGAAAGCUGCAAUCCAAACAUGCAUAUAAACGGAGAGAAAACCCUGAAGGAGAUGCUUUUAAGGAGGUUGCCUGUAGUGAGGAAUUGGACAGAAACAAGCAGGAUCUGUGUGUUAGAGAAGCAGAAGAGGAUCAUCUGUCAGAUCAUUACUGUUCCCUGCAGGUAACUCUUCCACCACAGAGAUUAUUGGAGACUUCUGAAUCUUUGCAUUCUUGUCCUGAAAAUGGGCGACAGCAUCCGCAGAAAGACACAGUGAGGAGAAGUGGGAAGACUGAUAAUAAAUUGAGCUUGAUGCAGACGAUCUGUGAGCUGGUUGAAGCUUCAGUCAAACAGCUGGUGCUCAGCAAUGGCACAACCCUGCGUGUGAAGCUGAGCGUCACUCCACUGACCAGCAGAAAAACAUACAGGAAAGAUGCUGGGAUAUCUCUGAAUGAACGGGAUCAAAUGAACGAGACAGGAUGCAGCAAAGAGAGCCAACAUCCGCAAAUCAGAGUACUGAACUCAGAUCAGUUGAGUGCUCCAGAGAGGAAGCAGUACUCUGUAGAUGAAAACACCGAACGCAGGAACCACUAUCUGGAUUUGGCUGGAAUUGAGAACUACACUUCUCGAUUUGAAGAAACAUCUGCAAAGGAUCCUCCUCAGGAUGUCCCAUCAUCCCGUGUCCAUCAUCGUCGCUCUCAACCCGAGACCUGCAUCCGUGUGGAUUCCUCUGGUAAAUCCCUCCCUUUCCUCCGGUCGCUCUGCAGCCGCAGCAAGUCUGUGGGUUACACCGCAGCCACAUCCAAACCCAGCAAACAUCACGGGCAUCACCCCAUAACAUGGUGCUAUCCGUCCCAACAACAGCAACAGCACCCUCUGCUGCACAGCUCCAGCAAACGCAUGCGUGCCCGAGCCCGAGAAACUGCAUCACCGUCCAGAAACCCCCAAGACAGAGAUUUAAACUGCGGGACGGCUCUUCAGCCUACAGGACUCAUUCCCGUUCCUCAAAGACAUGAACACCAUCAUCACCAUGAGCAUCACCAUCAUCACCACCAUCACCAUUACCACCCGGCGUAAGCCUGACCCAACCACACACUCUCAUGAGCAGUGUUAUUGCUCUUAUAAAAACAAAUAUGCUGGUGUUUCAUCAACCGUAUACACUCACAUUAAUCAUUUCUCCACCAAAAAGGGUUGAACCACUUUUUUUAGCGUCAUUUUGUUUUAUUGUUUUGUAAUUAUGUGAACAGAAAAUAUAACCUGGGGUCUGUUCUUCGUACUUUGCUUAAAUGGUCUAAAAUGAUUUGGCAGAUCCUGGAUCUUUUCAUCUUGAUAACUGAUCUCUCGCUAAUUUGGUUCUUCAAACAAGUUCGCGAAUCAGAUUAGAAUGUCUGGAUGAACUGAUCUGAGAUCGCUGCGUGUGUUGUGAAGGACUGAUCUAUCGAUCCUCGAGAUCAUGAUCAGGCUGGUGGAGGUGUAAAGGUGUGGGGGGUAUUUUUUGGCACACUUUGGUCCCAUUAGUACGAGUUGAGCGUCAUGUCAACGCCACAGCCUACCUAGGUAUUGUUGCUGACCAUGUCCAUCCCUUUAUGACCACAGUGUCUCCAUCUUCUGAUGGCCACUUCCAGCAGGAUAACACACCAUGUCA